GGAGAAGGGAAAGUCGAGGCAGAGGAAGAGGGAGAGGAAGAGGAAGGGGCAGACCAAAGAAAAUGCCAGAAGACGACGUUGUAGGAGUUGAGGAGCCCAGAGGACAAGGCACAGACGGCCUGAAGAGUGUUGAAGGAGCAGGAGGAGAGGUCCAAAAACCAGGAGAAGAUGGAAAAGCGGUGUUGGAUGACACGGAGGAGGAAGAUGUGGACGUGAAUGAGAGCGAAGAUUCCAGGGACGAAGAUGAAGACCCAGAUAUGGAGUGUGAUGGUGAUGAUGCAGGCUGGGUGCCUUCCAGGCAGGAAGCAGAAGGUGCUGGGGAACAGGAAGAGGCCCCUGCUGGAUCUUCAUCCUCUCAGAGGAAAGCUGCUGGACAAGGCCUAGGCUCUACAGGUGCUAACGAAGAGGGUGCUACUGCACCCUGGUUGGACGAGAGCACAGAGGACCACCUGCCGCCUCAGCCCGAAUUUCAGCCUUUGCGGACGCCUGGCCCACAAAUUGCACAAUUGCACACUGCACUGCAACUCUUCAGGCUGUUCUUUACUGACACCAUGCUGACCACUGUGCUACGAAACACCAACAAAUACGGAGCAAUUCAUCACACUGACCAAUGGAGCGACGUCACACUUCCAGACCUUUUUUCAUACAUGUCCAUGGUCAUAUACAAGGGUUUGACACAGCUACCUACCAGUGAAGACUACUGGAAACGUUCCAAACCAUACAACCUGCCUUUUCCCAGGUCCGUGAUCACUCGCAAGAAGUUCACACGGAUUUCCACGACACUUUGCAUGAGCGACCCCGAUGACGAUGCUGCGAACGAUGCGCGGAGAGGAACGCUCGAAUAUGAUUGCCUGCAAAAGAUUAAGCCCAUGUACACGGAACUGCGGCAGGCUUGCAAGACCAACUUUCAUCCCUACCAGGACAUCCGUGUGGAUGAGAGAGCGAUGUACAAACUUCGAGAAAAGAAGGGAUGUAAAUUUGGUUACAAGAUGUUUUUCCUCACGGACUCUCGAUGCGGCUACAUAUGGGAUUUCCACAUGGGUGAGAACAGAACUGCGUUUGCGGCCGGAUAUGGCCUCAAUUAUCACAUGGUGAUGGGGCUGCUGUCCACGGAAGUUCUGGGCUCAGGGUACAAGCUGUAUCUGGACAGUUUUUACAACUGCCCAGAACUCUUCAAGGACCUCUUGCAGAAAAAGAUCUGGGCCUGCGGCACCAUCGGGCCACGUUGCAAGGGCUUCCCUAGUACAAACAGGCCUGGCUCGCUUGACAAGAAGUCUCCACGAGGUGCCAUCAGGUGGAUCAGGGAAGACCCCCUGUUGUUUGUGCAGUGGAGAGACAAUUGUGAUGUGCAAAUGUGCUCCACCAUGCACCAGGCCCACGCAGGAGAGACCGUCCAAAGGAAGGUACCGGUAAAUAGAGUUAAUGGGAAGUGGACGACCGAGGACAUCCCAAUUCCGCCAGCAGUCAAGGACUACAACACGCACAUGGGUGGGGCUGACCUCCCGGAUGAUGUCAUUGGCUCCUUCAGCCUCCGGCAAAGAAGCCUGAGGUGGCACAGAACCGUGUUUUUCAACUUCAUGGACAUCGCAAUCGACAAUGCCUUUAUUCUACAAAAGUGGAUUGCCUUGAGCAAAGGGGAAACGCCACAAACCCAGAAGGUAUUCCGAGAGGAUCUGUUGAUUGAGCUGUCAGAAGCUGGAUCCCAACCCACCCCCAGGCUCGUAACUCCGCCAUCUUCCAAGCACGGCAACGGCAUGCACCUGCCAGUAUAUUUUAGUGGCGAUUCCACGCUGGGCCGCAAGAGGUGCUGUGUUUGCCGACAAAGGACCCCCAUCAUGUGCAAAGUUUGUGACCGCUGCUUCUGCUGUGUUCCAAAGCGAAACUGCUUCACCAAGUGGCACAGUGAGAACUUAAACCCCUAAACUUUGGGGUUGCAGAGGGUUCGAAUCCCACCCUUGCCUCUCCGGGCUUGUGACCACCCGUUCUGCUUGGUCCCAAGGCGAAACUGCUUCAGCCAGUGGCACAGGGAGAACAGUCUUCCCAGGUUGUUUUUGCCAUGUAUUUUUCACGUAAAAAGAAAGACAUUGAGCAUGAACUUUCCUUGAACGUGGGGGUAGCCGUGGCCUAAUUCUUAGGCAGGUGGUCUCAAGAUCAGAGGGUUGCAGCUUCGAAUCUCACCCUAGCCUCUGCUUACACCUCCAUCCAUGACUGAAGUGCCCUUGAGCAAAGCGCCUAACUCCACAUUGCUCCAGGGACUGUAACCAACAGCCUGUAAUGCAGAACUUCCCAUGAACUUGUGGGCAGCCGUGGCCUAAUUCUAAGGCAGAUGGUCUUAAGAUCAGAGGGUUGCAGGUUGCUUUUAGUCAGGCCAAGAGCAAUGUAAAUAUUGUUUCUGAUCCCUGGAAAAAUCGGGAACUCCUCCCACUUUGUCCAAAACCAGUCAACCAGUAGCAAACCUAGGGAGGCGGGUCAACCAUGCCGUUUGGGAAACAUGAAUUGCUAUGCCCAUUACAAUGACCAGGAUCUCGGAAAAGGCUGAAGAAGGGGGAAAAAAACCCUCAGGUACUGACAAGUCCAGGGUAGUGUGAGCAUUACAACUGCAUGUCGGAAUUGACUAAAGUCAUCCUUUAAGUCAUCCAAGAACGAUGUGAAAGACUGGUGAUCAAAAUCCAGGGUUAUUCUACCAAAUAUUGAUUUCUGAACUCCCAACUUCCCAACUUAGAGCAUCACUAUUGUUUUGAUUUAAAAUGAAUAUCAUCUUGUUUUCUUUGCGUUUUUAAGAUCUGAAAACAUGGCAUCAUUUGUGUUAUUUUGACCAUUUUUAACUUUCUGCAAAUAAAUGCUCUAGGCCAGUG